AUGGCAAAUCAACCCUUCAAAGUCAUCGUGAUCGGCGGCGGGCCUACCGGACUGACAGCUGCCCAUGCACUACAUCUAGCAAACAUCGACUUUGUCGUUCUGGAACGAAGGGACGAUGUCGUUGUCGAUGUUGGCGCCAGUCUCAUUCUCGGAGCUCAUGCAAUGCGGAUAAUGCAACAGCUCGGCUUACUUGACAAGCUGCUUUCAAUCGGACAGCGAGUGCUGAACAACAAAUCCUUCACAAAGGAUGGCAAGAAGUUCGCAGACGGCACAUCUGUCCAGAUCGUCAAAGAGAACUUCGGCCUUGAGCCCAUCGCAUUUCAUCGCGCCGAACUCGUACAAGCUCUCCUAGAAGGUCUUUCCGACGAAGCAAGAAAAAAAUACUAUGUUGGCCAGAAAGUGGUCGAUAUUACAACGACCGAAAGCGGCGUUGUAGUCGCCUGCGCCAAUGGAACGACUUUCGCCGGAUCCAUGGUUCUUGGAGCCGACGGAGUGCACAGCCGGACGCGCAAGAUCAUGCACAAACUCUCAGAAGAAGACCGAUUCUCAGCCUGCCGCAACCCGGAACCACCCUUUUCCGCCCACUACCGUUGUCUAUGGUCCAACAUACCACGACCAUGCGCAGCUGGUCUGGGAAAUAAUACCCAGGGCAAAGAUCGCUCACUCAUGUGGAUCACUGGUCGUGAACGCGCCUGGUUGUUGCUGUACGAAAAGCUGCCAGAACCGACCCAGGAGCCGAAGCGAUAUACAAAGGAGGAGAUGGACGAAUUCGCCGCUAGCUUCGCAGACUGGCCUGUCAACGAUGACUUGAAGGUCAAAGACAUCUACGAUAGCUCGACCGCCGGCAUGUCGAAUUUGGACGAAGGAGUACUGGAUCAUUGGAGUUUGGGACGUAUUGUACUCGCCGGCGACGCAUGUCACAAGUUCACGCCAAAUGCCGGUCUGGGAUUCACAAACGGCAUUCAAGACGUCGCACUGCUUUGCAACCUACUACACAAUGCGACCAAAUCAAGUGCAAGCUCCGAUGUUAGCUUCGACGCUCUCCAACAAAUCUUCCAGGAAUACCAGUCUUCGCGGAAAGAGCCAACAGCGUUUGACUUUGGUGUUUCAGCUGCCGCAACUCGCAGCCACGCCUGGGCUACCCCGAUCUAUUGGUUUGUGGGCAGGUUUAUCUAUCCGCUCUACGCUUUCCAAUGGCUCUUGAUGAAGUAUAUUGUCGCUCCACGCAUGAAGCAAAGUAGGGUGCUAGAUUACGUCUUUGGCGAAGAUCGCAUCCAAGGCCGCAUUCCAUGGGCGUAUCCUAUUCACACGAAGGGGAAGGAGCUGUAG